AUGGCUGUUACUAGAGUUGAGGGUUUUGACGGUAUGUCUCAAGGGUGUAACCCUAAUGGGGACACAGGUGUCAAGAGACUGUUCGAUUUUGUUAUUGAGGGAGGUGAAAGUGUAGCAGUCACGGUACAAAAAAACAGGACAGAUCCCAGAAUAAGAUGGUCUUUUCUUCCAGAAACACAAGACAUACAGUUCCGGGAAACCCCCUUCGGACUCAAUGUAUAUGCCCUUGAAGAUGACCGAGUGGAGGGAAAAAGAAAUUAUCUUUUAACUGCUCGUAACGCUGAAACAGGGGAAAUUCUCAAAACAGUUAAUUUUAUCGUCGUUGAUAAUGACGGGAAAUCAAGAAGAAUUCAAGAAAUUGGUGGUCCUAUAAAGUUCUUCAUCCGUCACAGGAAGGCACCAUAUUACACUCAGUACACAAUACCUGACUUUAAAGCCGACUUUUUCUUGGACUGGGAGGUCGUGCCAUUGAAAGUGGUGUUUCAACCAAACGAAUCAGGAAUAUCUAUAAUGUACGCACGACCCAAAGACGACGCAGUUAUUGAAGGCACAGAGCGCCAUCUACUUACUCUUAAAAGAAUAUCAAACGGAGUUGUCUCUCUCGUUCGAUCAAAACUAGUCGACAUAAUUGACAAUGACGUGGAGGGAGAAUGGACAGGGUGGUCUCCCUUGGGUAAAUGUAAACGCCAUUUUGUGAAUUCUUGCUCACGCACAAUGUCACGGCAAUGCCAGUACCAAAAAAAACAGCUUACACCAGUUACAGCACACUGUCGUGGAGAGGACAUAAAAUUCACCAACUGUCUUUGUCCCUGA